GUCACGUUUCUCUUAAAAAUAGCUUCUCCUCAAUCCUCACAGUUCACUCUAGAAAUGCUUAGGAACGUGAAAACAAACAUGCCUCAAAACGCAGGAAAUUGAUCAAAUAGACUAGGGUUAGGGUUAGAAAAGUACAUCGGAGCAAAUUGCAUUUCCACCGCAACCGCUCGCUACCCGAGGCUGAUUUCCGAUGGCGGAUAGAAUCAGCAACCUACCCGAUCCAAUACUCUGUGACAUUCUCUCCUUCCUCCCAACCAAAUUCGCCGUAUCAACAACCGUUCUUUCACACAGAUGGAAAUCACUCCAUCUCCAUCUCCCCACCCUCUACUUCGAAGACGAAACCUUCCAACACUUCAAAUCAUUCAUCAGAUUCUUAUCCACAAAAUUUUACUCUCGCGAGAUCACCGUACCAAUCCAUUCCUUCACCUUCAAACGCGACUCUUCCUUUCGCAACCAACGAAUCGUCAAUAUAAUUCUCAUAUGGAUUUUUGAGCGCUUACGACUCGACAAUCUCCAUUUCCUCGAAAUCACAUUCCACGAGAAUCUAAAUGCUCGAUUACCGAAACACAUUAGUUGUAAGAAUCUUCAAGUUCUUAAGUUGAAUUAUGUAAUCAUGACAGAUAUCAAUAUUUCUACUGAAUUGGAUUUUGAAUUCCGUUUUGAUUUUCCACUUCUCAAAGUUCUCCAUUGGAAUACUGUUAAGUUUCCUACUCCUGAUUCUUUUCUCAAGUUUAUGUCCAGUUGUCCUAUACUAGAAGAAUUGCACGCGUGUAAUUCACGAAUCACGUCGUCUGUUGAAGAUGAAUCAAAUGAAAACUUUAAGCUAUUUCCGAAUUUGAAAACAGCAAGGAUUUUCGAUAAUAAUGUUCCGAUUACCGUGCUCUCUGAGGUUCAGAGUCUGCAUCUUGAAUUGAAUAUGAAUUGGAUUCGUUGCAAGCAGCUUCCUUUGUUUCGUCGACUCGUCAACAUUGACAUCAUCUUUACCAAUGAAUUGUUGGAGGGGCCGUUGAAGUGGUUGCUACAAUUGCUCCAACAUUGCCCCAUACUUCAAAAUUUUACAAUUCAGUAUUAUGUGGACCAUCAGAGUGAGUUGGUUGGCGACUAUUGGAUUGAUCCACCAACUGUUCCACAGUGUCUUUCAUCGCAGCUCAAAACUUUCUUUCUUGGAGGCUACGGAGGCAACGAAAAUGAGUUCCAAUUUGUCAGAUAUAUUAUGCAGAACUCAAAGGUACUACAAACAAUGACAAUUGAGAGCAACCCUGUUGUAGAGAUCAAUAUAAAACACCAAAUGUUAAUGAAAUUAUCUUCAACUACAAUGACCUCUACAACAUGUAAGCUUUUAUUUGAUUGAUUGGUGGCAACUAGAGUAUGUAGUACUAGAUUCUACAUACAGAAUAGUAGGAUUUGAUGGAUUGAAAUACAUGAACUUUGUAUCAUUUUGAUUUUUCCCUUUGUCAUAGAAAAUUUCAACUAUAUUGUCUUUCACUUAAUUAUUUCCUUUUACAUUCAA